AUGCGCAGUUUCGAAGGCCUCACCGACGGCGUCCUCGCUCCAGAAGUCCAGGAAUUUGUUGGCGGCGGUGAGAAUGCGGCUAUCGAAUGCGGCCUUUACGUUGGUCCCGAAGAAGUGUGCUUCAUGGGAUUUACACAAAAAGUUUACGCGGUAACUGGCACCUAUGUAGGCGAAAAGGUUGUGCUGCCUAUCGAGAUCAAAACGUUUUCACCCAUGUACCGAAACACCAUCGGCCACUUCAUGUUUGCCAUAGAGGAGAGCAAGAGACGGCAAGCUGCAGAAGCUCUCAUUGUUGGAAAUAUCUCACGUCCAGACGUUGUGUUAUCCGUUCCGCGCUGGUCCCUGACUCGAUGCUCCAGGGGCACGAGUGAGCAAUGCAGGAGUACUGUAUAUGGCAUGGGUCGCCAAAAUGUAUAG